UCAUCAUUGACCUUUCCAUGGCUUUCAUCAUGGAGAAGCUAAACAUAGCAAUGCUAUUGAUACUCGUUUACCAGCAAAUCCUUCUUUCUAGUUCUAAGGAACUGUACCAAGGUCACCAAGAACGAGAUGAAGCGGCAGAAAAUAAGCACAAGGAAUUAUUCAAAGGAUCAUCAUCAAAGCCAACAACCCCAUCCGAUAAAGAUGCCCUUGAGGAGUUUUAUCAUUCUACAGCAGGACCUGCUUGGCUACAGAAUGCAGGCUGGCUCUCAGGUGAUCCAUGCCAAUCGAUGUGGUACGGAAUUCGCUGCACUCCAUCUGGAGACGUUGUUGAGAUUACGCUAAGUCACAAUGGGUUAGCAGGCCAGCUUCCUCCCAAACUCUCAGAAAUGAAAAAUUUGCAAAUAUUGAGGUUGUAUGACAAUUACAUUAGCGGCAUACUACCAAUAUCAAUGUUUACAAUUCAGUCACUGAUAGUAUUAGACCUUGAUCAAAAUCAGUUGAGUGGCAAUCUUCCGUCUGUCAUAUCAUUACCAUACCUUACAAAUCUAAGCCUAGCCAGUAAUCAGAUUGAUGGAUUUAUGCCAUACAGUUGGAACUGCCCUAAUCUUCAGUCUGUGUCUGUGUCCUCCAACAACAUGAUUGGACCACUCCCAAGUUCUUUGUCAAAACUCCCUAAAUUAAAAUAUCUUGAUUUGUCAGACAAUAUUUUUACAGGCCCAUUUCCUCCAGAAAUUAGUGCCCUUACAUCCUUAGAAACCUUGUUGUUUCAGCGAAACAGAGGAAGUAGCGGAGUUGCUCCUACUAUACCAGAAUCAUGGCACACAUUAGUAAAUCUAAAGAACUUCCAAGUAGAUGGCUUAUCUGGAGACUUACCAGAUAUAUUUGAUAGUUGGAGUAAACUGGAAGUUCUAAAAGUCACAUUUGGACAACUAACAGGUGAAAUACCAAUGUCAUUAUGCAAUUUAAAAUCACUUCAAACCCUAGUCAUAAGUAAUAACAUGAUUACAGGUACUUUGCCCAGUUGCAUUUGCAAACUAUCCAGCACAACCAUGACCAGCAUUGAUCUUUCCAGCAAUCAUUUAACUGGACACCUACCAGACUGCUUUGGUAGCCUACACAACUUAACAGAUUUGACACUGGCCAGCAACAACUUCAGUGGAAACCUGCCAGCGUCACUAGGAGCAUGCAGUCACUUAAACUCGUUAUACUUAGCAUAUAACCGUUUCACUGGUUCUAUCCCUUAUACUUAUGCCAAACUUGAAUUAAAAACACUUGAGAUACAAGGAAACAAACUUAGCACUGUUGAUGACGGUCUGGAGCAAUUCUUCACAGGAAUAUCUUUUUGUUCUUUAUACGACAAUCCAUGGAGCUGCCCUCUUCCUACUUACCUAAGUAAUAAUACUAAUUGCAAUCCCACUUGUUCAAAAUGUAAUUCUCUGGAUAAACACACUUCUUGUAAAGCCUGUGUGAGUUCUAGCGAAUGUGGAUGGUGUACUGAAGGUCCUAAUUGUUUGGAAGGAACCAAUCAAGGACCUACAUAUGAAUAUAACUGUGAACCAUCUAACUGGAUAUAUGGAAUUGAAGCUGCAUGUAACAAAUGACUAAAAUACUUCGUUCUUUUGCUCUAUACAUGUACAUGUACUUUUAAGUGAUGCUGUGUGUAACUUUUACUUUCCAUUAACUUUUUUUUGGCCAAUAUUAAAAUUAAGAAACUUGCAAAAAGAAA